UCUCUCUUUCUCGUCUGAACAUGUACAAAAUGCAGGGGAUCUCAAUCGUGCUCGCCCUCCUUUCGCUUACGGGUUCUGCCCUUGCUAGACCAGCACCCGCGGAUCCUGUUCCAUCUCCUGAAGUCACCACAGCUGCUUCCCUCGAAGACCGUGACUUGAUCAGCGAUCUUACAGGUGCUGUUGGUGAUGUCCUUGGCGAUGCUGUUAGAGAUAUCAACAACAUCCUCUCAAAAGUAGGAGUAGGCCAACUCGCCGGAAACCAAGCUUGGAGCUCUAUCUCCCAUCGCCCAAAUGUCCAGCAUCCACGCUGCCAAGCCUUCUGCAAACCUCUUUGAGUUUGUUGCUACGAUUGCUGCAGAAGGAUUGACUGCCAAUUCCGUCACCGAACUACUUGGUUUCGUUGAGGGAUUGGCCUCUGGUCAAAAUAGUAUGAGCAAUGUCAAUGUUCAGACGCCCAAGGAUACCAUCUAUCCCAGGAAGGGACUCGACCCCAAGUACAGCGUUACUGAAUCAUCUCUUCGCUCUGCCAUCUACAUUCCUGCCUCAUUCCAAGGCGGAAAAGUCCAGCCAGUCAUUUUGAUGCCCGGAUCAGGCUCAACUGGCUACUUUACUUAUGUCGGCAAUUACAUCAAGCUUCUUACUGGAUCAGGCUACGCGGAUCCAGUCUGGCUAAACAUCCCUGGAUAUCUCUUGAACGAUGCUCAAGUCAAUGCUGAGUACGCUGCCUACGCAAUCAACUACGUUUCUAGUAUCACUGGCAAGAAGGUUUCCAUCAUUGGUUGGUCCCAGGGCAACAUCGAUAUCCAAUGGGCAUUCAAAUACUUCACCUCGACUGUCAAGUCUGUCAGAAACCACAUUGCCAUCAGCCCUGAUUAUGCCGGUACCGUAAAUGCCAACCUCAUCUGCCCUGACGGCCUUCCAUGCGAUCCUGCAGUCUUGCAACAACAAUACAAGGGAACAAGCAACUUCAUCGACAGAAUGAGGCUCGGUAACGGUGACUCUGCAUACGUUCCCACCACCACUGUGUACAGUGGACUGUUCGAUGAAAUCGUCGAGCCUCAACAAGGUACUGGCGCGUCUGCGUACCUCAACGAUGCUCGCAAGGUUGGCGUCACGAACAACUAUCUCCAAGGAAUCUGCCCUGGUCUACCCGGUGGUUCGUUCUACACUCACGAAGGUGUGCUUUACAAUCCCCUUGCAUUUGGCCUCGUCAAGGAUGCCCUGAUCAAUGGUGGUGCUGGCAAGACAUCUCGCCUUGACCUCAACAAGCUAUGCAACAUUUACCUUGCCGAGGGUCUCAAUGUUGGCGACUUGCUCGUAACCGAGAACACCAUUGUGGUUGCUGCACUCUCUCUUAUCUUAUACCUGCCCAAGGUCGUUGUGGAGCCUGCCAUCAAGGCUUACGCCUGGUACUAGGUACUCGUCACCUUCUUGUCAUCUUGAUGUCUAAUGAAUCUGUGUAAAUAUAUUGGUCUCAUAAUCUGUACAUAUAUCACGACCAACCAAAUUGAACUGUGGAAUGGAGCUGGACACGAUGGAAGCUAGCGGCCCUUAUUUUGUUCAUUUCUGUAUAUAUAUCUGAUCGUUUCUUCUUUUGUCACUCCU